AUGUUAUUCAAGAGCAAGCGCUACUCGCCCGAUCAGGGGGCCCUGGGGCAAGCGAAGGCCUCCGAAGUGCUUCUCGUGAUUUUCAAGUCCAUCCUGCACGAGUUUGGGCUGAAUCCGUCUUACCUCGCCUCGGGUACUACGGAUAGCGGGUCGGACGUCAAGGCCGUGAGCAUCAACGGCCUCUGGAAGCACUUUGGGGUGCUGUGGAAUUGGUGUUUCUGCCACCUGAUGAAGGCCGCCGAGCAACCCUUCUGCACGUCCCUCGACACAGUCAAGUCCAAGAACCCAGCCGCACGGGACCUUCUCAAGACCGUCAUCAAGGUCGUCGAGACCCUCAACAAGUCGUCGAACUUGGGGGCUAAGUUCGAGGACCUGCAGGUGGACCUGUUGGGCGAGGUCUUCAAGGUCGUCAAGCACGCUCCCCAACGGUGGCUCGGCCUCACUCGCACACUGGAGCGGAUCAUCCGCUUGUGGCACCCGCUUUCCUCGAUCACGCGUGACGUUCAGUACGGUGGCGCGCCGAUGACGGCGGAGAUCUUCAUGAAGUUUGCUACCCUCAAGACCAACGUGCUGGACAUGUCGGAGCCUCUCAGAGUCUUUGACAUCCCGGCCCUUGGAGAAGACGGCCUCCCAAACCGCGGCGAACAGAAGAAGGCACUGCCGUCCAAGAUGGUGUCAGCAGACCAAUUGCACCCCACGACCACGCUGGCGCGCGAGGAACUCUGCAGGGCGCUCAUGUCGAGGUUGUACGAGCGUGUGUGGAACGAGCAAAGCCCGAACCCCAGCUUUUUCUGCGAUGCUGCUUGCCUCCUCACGCCGCCUUUUAGUGAGGGACGCCACGUAUCGGCAAUGAGACUGACAGCGGAGGAUGCGAUGUACUUGCCCAACAGCUCGAACAUAAUAGCCCCCACGGCGGACUUCGAAGUAACGGCAAAGCUGGACUGGGCGUGGACUGAAAUCAGGAAGCGCGCCGUUGAAUCCGUGAAGACAGAGCAAGAUCGAGCUGGUGGGAGUGAUGCGGGCGGUGGCGGCGGUCCCUUCAAACGUGCCCACACUUCAGGGGGGAGAUCUGCUCGCAACCCGACUGACCCUGACGAGUUUACCGAUUCUGGCCGCACCGCAGCAGUUGAGGAAGCGCGCAGGAUGACCUCGUGUAGCAGGAGCGAAGUCCUGUCUUACUGGGGACGUACCGGCAAACACGCCUUUCCCUCCCUCAAGCAUGUCGCGCAGCAGACCUUCGGAAAUCAAGCGUCUGCUGCUCCUGUCGAGCGAGAUUUUAGCGGGUGCGGACUUUUCAUGGUGCCGAACCGCAGCCGCGUGGAUGAGUACUGGGUGGAAAUGGUGAUGUUCCUCAAGGCCAACUUCAAUUCGUCCCGGCGUAUCAACAUCCCCCAAAUCGACCCGAAGGACAUCAGGAAGUGCCUUCCAGCAAAGUUCGAAGGAACGGACGAAGAUCACCUUAACGCGGAGAUGGCGCUUUACCCGCUGUCAAAUGACGCGCCCCCCGCCGAGGCUGGCCUUGGCCUUUAG